AUUGAAAAUGAAAAAAAUAAAUAUGAAAAUUUACAAAAUAUAAACGAUAAUAAUGUAAAGAAAAAAGAAACAUCUAACAACUUAGAACAGUUGUCGACUAAAUUUUAUACGUUAACAAUGCAUGUUGAGAAAAAUAUUAAAGAAUGGAUUACAGAAAAAACUCUUUCCUUUUUACAAGGAAAUGCAGAUACGAGAUCUGAAUUAAUGAAACAUUUUACCCAACAAGAAAAAUAUUUACAGUUAUGUACAAAAUUAAAUAAAUUAGAACUAAUAGAUAAAGAGGAAAAUCGUACAGACUUAUCUAAUUAUACAUUAAAACCGCUACCUGAUUUUUCUACAUUAGAGAAAGAAGCAAAAAAAAAAUGAAUCUAAGGGUACAUGCGUUUUACAAUGGACGUAUGAUAAUAGAUCUUCAUGAAAAAAUUGCAGAAAAUAAAGAACCAAGUGAACCGUCUUAUCUAUUACCUUUAGUAGAUUUAGUUGCACCUAAAGCAUUACGUCGUAAGAUCUUUUUGGACAAACUUCAUAAAAUAUUAUCAGAUUUAUUGAAUAUGUUAGCUGAAAGUACCAAAUGUAAUUCAAUAAUGGAAUAUAUUUAUGAUAGUAGCCAUCAUUAUGUCUCUGUAAAAGGUUUAGUAAAUACCUUUUCAUUAUCUGCUAUAAACAUAGUUUUCAAAACUGCUGAAUGGAUUCUUGUAGGACUAAUAAUUAUAAAAAUGUUAAGUAUAAUAAAUCCACAAUUGAAAGCUUUAUUAGCAACGAAACAAGCAUCAAUGUAUAUUUCAAUGAUACUAAUGUCGUAUAAAUUAGAUUCAUAUUAUUKAGAUAGGUUUAUAAUUGAAUUAACAAAUAAUUUAGAAAUAUUUAAAAUUAAAUAAAUAUAAGUUUGAGAGAACAAGAGAAGAGAGAGAGAGAGAGAGAGAUAAGGUAGAUGAAUUCAUCUUUUCAGACAAAUUAGUUGUACGAAUGAUUAGGUGUAAUAAAGCCUUCAUAUUGUCUAUAAAUUAAAUAAUAAAGCUACACAUAUAUGUAGUUUGUCUUUAUUAUUUUAUUUUUUAAUAAAAGUGCUUAGAAUGUACAUCAUUAUCAAUUGAUAAGAAAUACAAGUAAUGUGAKGUUCCAUGAUCAAAUGUAUAUAAAAGACAAUCAUUCAUCAUUAUUUCAUAAACUUUAAAAAU